GAUGACGACAAUGCAAGCUCCAUGUCAGGCCUCACCCCUCCCAGGUUUAGGCAACCACAGUUCUUGCGGAAGGCAGAAAAGAGGACGAAACCAUCCUGCGCGUAUCUUUGCGGCCAUGGCCCCUUAGGGAUCUCCUGGUACCGACAGGCCAGCGGCUCUGCAGGACGAGAGUCUCAAGUCCCUGUCAAUGACAGCGUGGCACCACCAUGCGUGUUGGUCUCAGGGAAUCAAGUCUAGCCCUGCCAGGCGAGCAACGAAACGCCAUCAACAAACUGGCAUCCCCACCAAUCCUUUAUUGACAUCGGAGUCCUAAUACGAACUGAUUUGGCCCUUCAAACCGGGCUCUCGCGGUGUCGACCACUUUAACCAGAAGCACUGGGCGGGUUGUUGAGCGCCUUGAGUGUGGAAAAUGGACUUUCUAGAGCCGCGGAGGGCCUACACUCGGGCACAGACAGAGGAUGUAGACCUCAAGAGCCAAGAUGUCUACUUGGAGCAGUAUUCUUUGCAGUCGAAGUCCAGUUUCACUACGACCUUCAGCUCCACGAUCAGAGAUGAAUCGCCUCUCCUCAACUCUGGCGACGAUCCUAUUCGGAGAGGAUCAUCAUUUUUCUCCUGGAAGUCUCUGAAACUCCCUUUCUUCACCUGGCCGACUCGCCUUUAUGGAUGGCGCACCGGCGCACUUACAGCUGCUCUUCUUGGCGCGAUAUCACUUCUUAUCAAUCUCGUGGUGGUCUCCUGGCUUGCCGCUCGCGGCCACGGUGCCAGUCUCAUUGAAGUCUACAAUGGCGACUGUGGCAAGGUCGAAUCCCUCGACAUCUGGAUCCACUUGGCGAUCAACACCCUCAGCACUUUGCUAUUGGGCGGCUCCAACUACUGCAUGCAAUGCCUCACCGCUCCUACCAGAGAGGAUGUCGACCGCGCCCAUGCGAGGGGAGAAUAUCUCGACGUGGGAGUGCCGAGUGUGAGAAAUCUGAGAAGAGUUGCAGGUCGCAAAAUGAUUCUAUGGUGGGCCUUGGGAUUGUCUUCCAUCCCUUUGCAUCUCAUGUAUAACUCCGCAUUCUACAAAUCACUCGAAACCAACGACUACAAUCUAUACUUUGUGACACAAGAUUUUGUCGAUGGUAAGCCGUUUGUGCCGUUCCCGGUGACUGAACUAUAUCUACGGCCUGACCAGCAGGAUGUUCAGUCGUCGCUCGUCACACAUCCGGACACUUGGGAGCGCCUAGACAACGACGCUUGCAUCCAUGCCUAUGCCACGAAUUUUCUGACCAGUCGGCGAAAUUUGGUUUUGGUGUCAAAUAACAGCACCAAGCAGGCGAACGAGACCGUCUUGAAGGUUACACAGUAUGUUAAUGGGGAUGUCAAUGCUUUCGACUGGAUUUGCACGACUGACGACAACAUGAAGUAUAAGGUUGAUAUACCUUUAGGAUUCAACGGCGGCAUACGACCAUGCGAAACUUGGGUCUCCAAAAUUGAAGCCAUCGCGUCUGAAUGGCAACCAUACAAUUUCGACGUCGAGUACUGUCUUUCGGAGCGCGUGACUGAGAGAUGCAGCUAUAAUGGUAACAUUCCCAUUGUGGCGAUUGUUCUUGCUUGCAAUGCCGUCAAGAUUGCGGGAAUGCUCUUCGUCGCCUUUCGACUAGAAGAUAACCCUUUGAUCACGGUGGGAGAUGCCGUGGAAAGCUUUCUGAACGAAAACGAUAAAUCAACCGAAGGCUUAUGUUUGUUGAACAAGAGCGAUGUGGUCAUGGCCAUGCAGACAAAGAGCCACUGGUACCUUCGGGCACAAGGGAGGGAUGUCGAAUUGAAGGCCAAAGUGGCCCGGUUGCGCACAAAACUUGGGCUUGAAGCUGCGAGCCUCACGCGAUGGUCAUUGACUCUCGGCUUACUAGUCCUUGCGUUGAUCGUGGUGGGCGCCCUUCUCGGCGUCGCAAUCAAGACAAUCAAUUCCCUCGGCUUCGACAUCGGCGCAAUUGGCUUUGGCAAGGUCACUCAGGCUGCCGUGAUCAACGGUUGGAGCAUUGGCUCUCAUGGCUCCCCUUCGUCAAAGAUCCUCUCCUCGAUCCUCAUUGCAAACUUACCGCAAACAAUCUUCAGCUUCUUAUAUCUGAAUCUGAACGGCGUGCUGACAAGCAUGUGGCUAGCGAGCGAAUGGAGCGACUUCGCCAAAGAGAGGAAGUCUUUGAGGGUGUCGAGGCCGAAGGCGGCCCAAAGGAGCACACACUUCUUACAGUUGCCCUACAAGGCUGCAGUACCCUUGAUGGUUCUCUCCGGAGCCUUGCAUUGGCUGAUCUCACAGAGCAUCUUUUUGGCGGUGGUUGCGGAGUACAACGCAGACGGCACUCUCUAUGACUCUAUCUAUAUUGCCACUUGUGGAUUUUCUCCGUUGGCCAUGAUCGUUGUGCUUGUACUGGGAGGGGUCCUCGUUGUUGCUACACUGGGAUUGGGAAUGAUGAUGAAGUAUGAUGCAUCGAUACCCUUGGUGGGGAGUUGUAGUGCGGCUAUUGCGGCGGCGUGCCAUCAGCCGAGCUGGGAUACUGAUGCUUCACUGAAGGCUGUGCAAUGGGGCGUCAUUCCUGGGAUGGUUGACAGCGGUGGGGUUGGGCAUUGUGCUUUCAGCAGUGGCGAGGUCGAACCCGUACGGGAGGGGAGAGCAUACGCUGGGACUACUUGUAUGGACGAGAAGCGAAGUCCAGAAUCAGUGGAAGGACAAAGUGGUGUGAGAUGUCGAGUCCGAUGAUAUGUUGUUGCCAGACUGAUAGCCAGCACCAAUGCGAUCACGACGGCGGACCCUGGACCUUUUUUCCUGGUAUUAGACAACGAGACGUUCCUCUCAUCACCCUGAGCCAACCAUGCAUCUUUGAUCUAGCUACCUGAUGUAUUGCAAGCUCAGAAGCCACAAGACGAUUGUCGCUGACAAGGCUGCGAAUAUCCCGUCCUGAUUGGCCAUGGUCUGGAUAUCCCGGCAGACUUUCCUUUCACGAACAAGCAUAUGAAUUUUUGACCUGUUCUCCAAAAUUCCUCUUCUGCUGCGAGCUUGCCU